AUGGAGAGGCAGCUGGGCAACGAAGGCAGGGUAGGAAGAGGUACGGAUGGUGGGGAGGAGGGCGAGAGGGGAGAGGAGGGAGACAUAUGGCAGGAGGUGGAGUCGUGGUGCUUUGCCAUGCUGUGCGCGUGGCGCUCCAGCACCAAGGUCAUGGGGCCGGGGCUGGACGUGACGUGUGGUAAGGGCAGCAGCCAUGUGCUGCGCAGGCAGGCAGGAGCGCCCAUGUCACACGAGUGGGGCGUUGACAUGUGGGCCCAGGCUGCUACACCCAGGUUCUGUGACGACAUGCCCGCGGGACAGGGUGCGUGUGGCGAUGCCUGCGCGGACAGCAGCAUGAGGAGUAGCAGUAGUGGGGCCAGCGGGGCUGGUGGUGGGAAGAGUGAGGGAGAGGGAGGAAAGGGGGAGGUGCCAGCUUAUUUGAAGCCAUGGCCGGGGGGAAUCAAUCUGGUGGCGUGUCUGCGGGAGAUGCUGCUGGGGGAGGUGUGCUACCGCCCUGCCUCCCCUGCACCUGCAGCCCCUUCCACCCAUCCUGCUGCACCAAGCGUUUCUCCCUCGUCUAGUCCUGUGGCCUCUACAGCCCCUGCUAUCCCUAUCACUGCUGCUGCACCAAGCAAUACACCCGCAUCCGUCUCACUUGCACAAGGCCCUGGCGCUGCUGCUUCUAGAGGGCGUGUGUGCGGUGCUGCGGGGUGUGGGAAGGUGGAGGGUGAUGGUGGUGUGAAGCUGAAGAAUUGCUCUGGGUGUGGCAAGGUGGCGUAUUGCGGUAGAGAGUGUGAGAAGGCGCAGUGGCCGUCCCACAAGCUUGCAUGCGGGGCCAGGACCAGCGGCCGGGGUGGUGGCAGCAGUAAUGGCAAGGUGAGUGGCACGGUGAGUGGGCAGGAUUAA